UCCAGCUGUUCACAUGGCUCUGCUGCUCCUGGGUGUCUGGGGAAUCUUGCUGCUUCUGGGGCUGUGGGGGCUGCUCCGGGGCUAUGCCCAGCCCCCCUCCCUGGCCCUUCGGUGGCCUCCUGGGCCUCGCCCUCUGCCAUUUCUGGGGAACCUGCAUUUGCUGGGUGUGACCCAACAGGACCGGGCACUGAUGGAGCUCUCAGAACGCUACGGGCCAGUGUUCACAAUCCACCUGGGAUCUCAGAAGACUGUGGUGCUGUCAGGCUACGAGGUGGUGAGGGAGGCCUUAGUUGGGACCAGGCAUGAGCUGGCCGACCGGCCUCCAAUCCCCAUCUUCCAGCUCAUCCAGCGAGGUGGGGGCAUCUUCUUUUCCUCUGGAGCUCACUGGAGGGUGGCUCGCCAAUUCACAGUGCGCACACUGCACAGCCUGGGUGUGGGACAGCCACCCAUGGUGGGCAAGGUGCUCCAGGAGCUGGACUGUCUUAAGAGGCAGCUGGACAGCUAUGGAGGCCAGCCCUUUCCCCUGGCCCUGCUGGGCUGGGCACCCUGCAACAUCACCUUCAUGCUCCUCUUCGGCCAGCGCUUUGACUACCAGGACCCCGUGUUUGUGUCCCUGCUGAGUCUCAUUGACCAGGUUAUGGUCCUGUUGGGGUCACCUGGCAUACAGCUGUUUAACACCUUCCCUCGGCUGGGGGCUCUGCUGCGGCUGCACAGGCCUGUCUUGAGCAAGAUCGAGGAAGUGCGUGCCAUCCUGAGAACCCUCCUGGAGGCACAGAGACCACCCUCACCAAGUGGCGGCCCCACGCGGAGUUACAUGGAAGCUCUGCUUCAACAGGGCCAGGAGGAUGACCCUGAGGGCAUGUUUGGUGAGGCCAAUGUCCUGGCCUGCACACUGGACAUGGUCAUGGCUGGAACAGAGACCACGGCAGCCACGUUGCAGUGGGCAAUCUUCCUGAUGGUUAAGCACCCACACGUGCAGGGACGCGUACAGGAGGAGCUGGACCGAAUACUGGGCCCCAGGCAGCUACCCCAGCCAGAGCACCAGCAAGCACUGCCUUACACCAGUGCGGUGCUGCAUGAGACACAGCGGUACAUCACACUCCUGCCCCAUGUGCCCCGCUGCACAGCUGCCGACAUACAGCUGGGUGGCUACCAUCUUCCUAAGGGCACCCCUGUGAUCCCUCUGCUGACCUCGGUGCUCCUGGACAAGACGCAAUGGGAGACCCCAAGCCAGUUCAACCCACACCACUUCCUGGAUGCCGAUGGGCAUUUCGUGAAGCGGGAUGCCUUCCUGCCUUUCUCCACUGGCCGCCGGGUCUGCGUUGGAAAGAGCUUAGCCAGGACAGAGCUCUUCCUGCUGUUUGCUGGCCUCCUCCAGCGGUACCAUCUGCUGCCCCCACCCGGCCUCAGCCCGGAAGACCUGGAUCUACGGCCUGCCCCAGCCUUCACCAUGAGGCCACCUGCCCAGACCUUGUGUGCGGUGCCGAGAUCCUAGGGUGCUCACACACUG